AUGUCAUCACGAUCUUCUUCCCCCUUAAAUAGGCCAGCAUCUGCCAGCUCACAAAUAGGGUUCAACAAGAAAGAAAGUGAAAUGCUUACAGCUCGAAAAGAAGAGCUAUCGGCUCUUCGUACAUCCAAAUUAAUUGAAUUGUAUUGCGUAUCAAGGAUAGAUGAUGUGAUUAGAAUUACAGAUGGAGAUCAAUUCAAAGAACAGAUAGAUUCAUUUCUGGAAAAAAAUGACAUCAAGAAAGGCAUGCGGUUCCAACCAAAUACCCUCCCAAUACCGACAUGUGUACAAUUACAAACGUUGACGGAAAACCAUCGCUCCAAGUCAGAUCCAUCAAGGCUCUCCACUAUGAAUGAAACAAGGAAAAGAAGUAUUGCCGCGGCAAAAGAUCAUGCCCUACCAAUAAUUAAGAAAACUAAGAGUCAAAGUACUGGGGAAAUUGAACAGAGGACAAUUAUUAAGGAAGAAAUACCAGGUAUCGAAAGAUCCAUGAUUAAGCUUGAUAAAGCUGUAAAGGAUACAAAAAAGCCGGUUUCAAUUGAGACCAGCGUACAUGUAAAUAAGAAUGAGAGUGCAAAGAGGCCGAUUUCAAAAAUUGAACAAGUCGAUGAGGAACCCUUAAAGAAAAAGACUAAAUCCACUUUUGACGUCGACUUAAGAAAUAAAGAUGGUAGAUCUAUGGACCGUAGCCCUUCUCCCAUGCCUGUGCACGAAAACUUCAAAUAUCCAUCAUAUUCAGCUGAAUCAAGCACAUAUCCUGCUAAUACAACUCCUAUAGACACAGCCAGAAAAUAUCGAAACAAAUUGGCGAUUAAACUUACAAAAAGGCCAGAAAAUGUAUCAGAUUUCUAUAUUGAAAAUAACAUAAAUUCCAAAGAUCAAAUCUACCUGCUAUUAAAGGAAAAUGCCCCAUCAAAAGUGGCGCAAGGAAUACCGUUGGCGGAACUAAAGUACAUGGCACAGACUCUACCGUUGGUUAAUCUAAUACCUAGAGCACACAAGGUUUUAACGACCGAUAUAAUGAAUGAUGCAUUAAAUGAGGCGAGGAUAACAGUGGUAAGUUCAAGAAUCGAGGAAUUGAGAAGGUUGGGUCUUUGGUCGUUGAGACAACCCAUAAAAUUUGUUGAUCCAUGGAACCGAAGUGCAACUCACCGUUCUAUAUUAUUAGACGAAGCAAAAUGGAUGUAUGAAGAUUUCAAGGAGGGGCGCCAGUAUAAAAUUGCAAUAUGCACCACAAUUGCUCAGGGGAUAAUGGAUUAUUGGAAUUAUGGUAAGGUAUGCUGUGUCAAUGUAAAGCCUCAUACGUUUGAGAAUAAUGAAUUUAUAGACAGAGGACAGGAUACAGAUGCUGUUGAAAAUGAUGAUAAUAAGAGUAACGAUGUGGUGGAAUUAGAAGUUGAAACCACAGAGACCAUCACAGCUGCUGAAGAAGUUGAAGGAAAUGUAACUCCCCGUGAAGAUACAAUAGAAUCCCAAGAAAAAGAAGAUAAAGAAGAGAAAGAACAAGAGGAAGAGGAAGAGGAAGAGGGAGAAAACGAGGGAGAACAAGAGGAGGAAAAUUUCAUUGAUAUAAGUCUUUUACUCAAAAGACCAGACCCUACAUCAGAGAUUCUUCCUCACACAUUUCCAACUGAGAUACAGCCGGAAGAAUAUAAAGCAAUUUUAAAUUCUAGAGAGAGCAACCCAUUCAAAUUGAAUGUCAACGGAAAGGACUUAACACUAACUGAAAAUAAUAUAGCAGAAGGUUUCCCUCUUUACUCAGGAAUUCCUACGUCAGAGGAAAGGCUAGAUAAUAUUAAUAACUUACCUUUUGCUACCAUCUCCAAAUCUAUAAUGACACUAGAGGAUGAUGGGUUUUAUAAAUUGGUAGAAAGACAAGUAAUUGAUGAUGAACAAUCUCUGGUACAGCUAAGUAAAAGAAGAGGAAUGUUCUAUGGAAAUAGAAGAAGCCAUUAUCUUAGACCGCCUCCAGUUCCAUCAUUACGUUAUUUACAGAAUCGUACGCCGACAAUUUGGUUGCCUGAAGAUGAUCAAGAAUUGGUCAAGAAUAUUAAUACUUACGCCUAUAACUGGGAAUUGAUCAGUGCACAUAUGACUCAUAGAUCGACCAGGUCAUAUAUGUCUAACAUCGAAAGAAGAACGCCUUGGCAAUGCUUCGAAAGAUUUGUACAACUUAAUGAACGCUUCAAUUUUAAUGAUUUGAAAGGUCCAAGGGCACACAAUGCACAACAAUGGCUUAUGGAAGCUCAUAAAUUUCAACAAAGGCAAAAUAGAAGAAUUUCUCCCUUGGGUGUUGGAACUGAAUCCAUUCAACGAGGGCAUAAGAGACUUCGUUGGGCAAGCAUGUUUGAAGCAAUGAGGAGAUGUAUCAAGAAAAGAGAAAAUGCUCCUCGUCCAAACCCUACUCAACCUAGAAAACCUUUGGAUACCAAGAAUAUGAAAGUUCCAACUCCUGCAGAAAUGUCACAGCUAAAGGCACAAAGAGACGAGUCCUUGCGGAGAGAUAUUCAACUGAGAAGAAGUGCUAAGAGUAGAUUACAGCAAAAGCAAAUACAGGCCGCACAGCAAGUGCAACCUAGGGCAAACUCGAGGGUCCCUUUAAAUAAUAAACCAGAUUCAUCGAGUAAUACACCAACACCGGUACAAAAGAGUGCAGAUCCCCAAGCUGCAGUAGGAACAACGCAUCCAUCAGAACGUGAAAUUAUAGAAUCAUACUCUAGGAAAAUUUUAGCUCAAAAACCAGAGCUGUCCCUGGAAACUGCACUUAAGGCAGCAGAAAAUUACUAUAAAUCGUUUAAGGAGCAACAAAUGCUAAUGGUACAACAACAAAAACAGCUGCAGCAACAGCAACAGCUCUCAGCUAGAAAUAGCGUAAAAAAUAAUGACAAGCAAAAUCCAAAAGUAAAUAUACAAACCUCGCCAAAUGUUAAUAAUAGUGGGGUUUCAUCAAAAAUUCAAUCUCCUACCCCCGGUGAAAUUUUGCAAAGGCUUCAGAAAUGA